ACUUAUUGCAAGUUCAUAAGCUAAUAACAAAAGAUUUUAACAUAAUUUUGAAGUGUCUUUUAAUUGAAGAACACUAGAAUCAUUAUAAAAUAUAAAUCUAUAUAACCCUUUAUAAAUACACAAUAACAGUUUUUUAAUUAUUAAAUGCCUACAACUUGUAUUAUUGUAAGUUUUUUGCUGUAACGAGUUAUUGUAGUGUAAAACGUACAUGUGUUAAUUCGAUGUUGUUAUGUUUUGACUCUCAAACUGUAACCCUCAGACUCAAUUUAGCUUACUCAUUCGUAUGUUACUCUAUAAAUUGUUUGCUUCUUUAGAUACCUUAAAACAUUCCAGUUAAGAAACUAUAUCCUCCACAAAAAACAUAAAAACAGUAGACACCAUGGAAGGUAGGAUCCAAGCUCUAGUAUCAAUGAUUCUGAUCGUGACACUAUGUGCCACUAUACUAUUGCAGCCGGGCUUGGCCGAGGUGCAAGUAACACCUCAAUUUACUUCCUUUCCUGGCUCCCCUAUAGAUCUCACAAAAUGUUGGUCAUCUCUCUUCAGUGUUGAAGAUUGUGUAAUUGACAUCUACAAGUUUUCUGUAACCGGUAAGUUUGGUAUUAACCAGGCGUGUUGCAAGGCGUUUAUGGAUAUGGAUGAUAAGUGUUGGCCAAAAAUGUUUCUGUUCAAUCCAUUCUUUCGUCCUCUUCUCAAGAAUAGUUGCUCUUGUAUCAACGGAGUUGUUCUCACACACACCACAACUCAUCAAGUCCCUACCAUUCCUUGGGUUUCUCAUCCCGGUUCUCCAGUCGAUCUCACAAAAUGUUGGUCAUCACUUACCAGUGUUCAAGGUUGUGUAACUGAAAUCUACAAAUCAGUGUUCACGGGAAAGUUUGAUAAUGUUGGACCAAAGUGUUGUAAGGCAGCUUCGGCUGUGGAUGCGAAAUGCUGGCCACAUAUGUUUCCACUAAAUACAUUCUUCCCUCGUCUUCUCAAAGAAAGUUGUUCUCGCAUCAUCAAUGAAGCAGAACCUACGCACAAAUGAAGUCAGUAACAGAAGAAAUCAUGGGAAAUGCUUUGGGUUUAGUUACUUACAGCUUGUACUUCAUACUUUCAAUAGUUUAUGUAUUCCAAUGAAAUUAUCAAUUUUAAAAGAACUAAUUCAAAAACUAUAUUGUCAAAAACUCAAACCAUAGAUCAUCACAUUCUGAUCUAGCAGUCUUAGAUCUUCCUUCCACCAAGACUAAGGCUAACUCGAGCUGUAUGCUUAUAGAACCUAUCAUGUUCAAGUAAAAUCGUGCCAAUAGCCAUAUAAACGAUGUGGGAUACUUCAUACCAAUAACAAAUGUUAGAAAUAUUUUUUUUUGGGAAAUUUUAUGUUUACUACUUUCAUAGUAC